UAAAGGUACAAACUCCGAAAAUUGUCACUAAAAAUGGAUCUCGAUUCAAAAUUAACAGAGAACAAACGACAAUUCGAGUCUGGAGAAAUCAGUGAAAAUGACUUUAAGAAAAAGAAAAAAAAGAUAAUAGAUGAGUGGUUAAGCAAAUCGAAAGAAGCUAAACAACCUGAACAUUCUCAUGAAACAGACUUGUAUGCGGCUCUCCAAUUGACACCCAGCGCUACUGAAACUGAGAUUAAAUCAAGUUACAAGAAACUUGCUCUGAAAUAUCAUCCUGAUAAGAAUGGCGGUGUUGAAACCGAACAGUGGACUAAACUUUCAAAGGCAUAUCAAAUCCUCUCAGAUGAGAACAGUCGCGUACUUUACGAUAACUACGGAACAGUCAGCGGCGCCUUUGCAAAUAAAGCAUCGUUCAACUGCUAUGUAGGAGGAGAACUUUGGAAACCCUACAUCGGUGACCUGGAAAUUGGUCUCUGGGUACACUCAUUCGAUAGCAAUAGUUCACCCGAAUUAGAACAUGUAACCUCGGUUGAGCAGAAAGAACGUCGUCAUAACAUUCGUGUUCGCAACAUUAGUAGUCAUCUGCAAGACAAACUUUCUCAAUUCCCGGAGCAAAUUGAUCCUUCGUUUAAGCAAAGUCUUUCCCUAGAAGCCCAGAAACUUCUUGCGGAACCUAACGGCAAAGAGUUAUUAUCCUUACUAGGCGAAAUUUACAUUUCUGAGGCCAAAACAUUAAGCAAUGACAUAUUCUCCAAAAACAUAUUCUCUAAUCUUUUUAAUGGCUUCAUGUUUACUUUGGAUUUAAUUCAUGAAGUCGUAACAAACAAGGCUAAUAAUGGGUCAGAUGAAGAGGUAAAAAAAAUAAAAGUGGCCUGGAAACUUUCACGAUCAGAAAUAUCUUCUAUUACGCAUGAAACCUGUAAGAAAGUUCUCGAUAACACGGAAUAUAGUGUGGAUAAACGCAAACAUCUUGCAAAUUCACUAUUUCUCUUAGGCAAGUUGUGGGUGGAAUGUGCAGAUACGCCCCAGUAAAAAGCAAUUGUAUAAAUUCAUAUAGUUUUUGUUUAGUUUUUGUAAUAAUUGCCUAACUUUUGUUUAAUAAUUGUUGAAUUUAAACACUUUUUAUUUUUUUUGUAAGAUU